GGGGUAGUCUAGUCAUUUUGUUAUAGUGGGUGGCGUCAUCAAUUUUCUUUCAGGGGGAGGGUAGUUUUGUUAUUUGAAUAUGAAAAGUAUACUGAGCAGUGCGCAUGAGAGGUGGAGGAAUGUGGGUGAAAAAAAGAAAUUUUCGGUUUUCAAUUUUUCCACGGCUAGCCAACACUCUCCUCUCUAUAUUUCUCAAGUUAUCAGCAGGUUCACUGCCAGAGAAGAAGAGAGAGAAAGUUCCUGUCUUCUUUGUUAGGGAGAGAAAGUGAGCGAGCUACUGGUUUUUGACGAAUACAGUGUUCAAAUUUAGGGUUGUUUGGCUUUGUGUACUAUUUUCAUCACCGGAAAGUGGUACAGGAAAAGCAGAAGUUGUUUCCCUUUCUCUCUCUUCUGAUAUUUGGGAAUGUCUCAUAAUGCUUAGCCCAAAUUAGUUGAGGGAAAGCUCUGUUUCUGCAAUGUGAGAUUUCCUGCAAAACUUUUACGCGUUUCUGAGCCGAGAAUAGAGAGAAAGCAUAAUUUCUGGAAUUUGUUUCAGGAUUCAGAGCAAUUUAAGUCCUAUAAUACCCUAGCUAAGUUCCCAUGAGAGAGAGGCAUUUAUUGAGAGAGAGAAGGGAAUGACGCAUUUAUAAAGAGAGGAGAAUGAGCGACAAAAGCUUGAAGCCAUUAAAGCCUUUCACGAGCUUUGGAGGGUGAGUAGGAAGAGAAGGAACUCAGGUCUUAUUCUUUGAGAAAUCCUGGUGUUUCAAUAGGCUUAGUGUCUUCUCUGAAACUGUAAGUACUUUCCGAGAGUGAGUUCUAACUGACACAGGAGGCGAGAAAAGCCCCAUGGGAAAAACUCUCCCACUCCCUCUCAUCCUCUAUUUCUCUCUCAUCCUCUCCUCCCUCCUUGCCAUCGAUUCCUCCAGCCAACAACCCCUAAACCCCGGCGACCUCCCCCAAUUCCCACCGGAAAACACUGUUCCGGCUCUCCCGGUCCAAUCCCAACCCCACACCUGCCAUCUCGACCUCUCGGCCGAGCUCUUCGGCGGCGUCAAAGAGGCGUGCGCAUCGUCCCCGUCUCUGGAUCGCAGCCGUUGCUGCCCCGUUUUAGCAGCCUGGCUUUACGCCGCGCACGCUCGUUCCGCUCUCGUGUCACAUGGGCCCUUGGAUUCAAAUCUCCCUGCCAUGCCCGAUGAUUCACAGAAAUGUGUUGACACCCUGCAAACCUCGCUCAUUAAGAGGGAUAUUAGGAUUCCUCAGCCUAAUGAAACUUGUGAUGCGGUGCUCUGUUUUUGUGGGAUACGGCUUCAUCAGAUGAGUUCCUUGAGUUGUCCCAAAGCCUUUAAUUUGACGAGUUUGGGGUCAGGAUUUAGGAACGCCACGCCCACUGCGGCCGUCAAGGAUUUGGAGACGAGUUGCAGGAAUUCUUCUUAUGAUGGCUGCACCAACUGCUUGAAGGCACUCGAUAAGGUAAAAGGAAGUGACAGUGGGCCUAAAGAAGGCGGGGAAAGGGCCAAAAGGAUGUUCAACAGAGACUGUCAAUUGAUGGGUCUCACAUGGCUCCUCGCCCGCAACAAAACAACUUACAUCCCCACCGUCUCUGCCGUCUUACGAGCCAUUAUGUACUCCGCACACCCACCCCACCAAUCGACAUGCUCCCCUGACCAAGAAAACAUGCCACUAGCCGUUAACUCCCUCCAGUUCCAAAUGUCCGAAGCAUCCUCUGCAUCCAAGCAAAUUGCGUCCAUGCCCCUACCCCUACUCCUGCUAAUGGUGCCCCUGAUCUUGUUUUCCUCUCUGAUAUCACUGCCACCAUUGUCGGUCACAUGAAAGUAUUGCAUGCAGAGAUACCAAAAUUUUUGGUGUACGGGGAUUCAGAUUCGCGUCGAAUUGUGCUUCAAAAUCUCACUUUUGUUUUGCCCACAAUGUCCAUGCUUUGCCAGAGAGAGAUGCUUCUUUUUUCUCUCUCUUCCAUUCCUCUUCUCUUUUCUCUUGCAGCUGGUUGUUACACUAUCCCUCAUAUUAGUUUUGGAGUUCUGCUGUGUAUACACACAAGGGUGCGUAGGUAAAGGUCGCGGCGUAUACUAUUUUUGUGUUUUUAAUAUUUUAGAUAUGCAUGGCUUUUGAUAGAGUAAAAUACCA